UUCAGAAAGAGGAUCCUCGAUGACAAAGGACAGAAGAAAGGGAACUGUUCUUCACUUGCAUUCUGGUCCCAGGAGUGCGGGGGUCUCUCACAAAGUGCAGGGAAAGGAGGACGGACCUGCAGUGCUGGGAGAAUGGGAGAAGUUCUGCGGAUAGUGGUGUUUGUGAUGGCUUUCAUCAGCUGCAACGCCCUCCUGGAUCUGUCUAGUGUCCACCAGGUCAAGGGCACAUGGAUGGGAUCCACCACUUUACCGUGUACCUACACACCCUCAGAAGGUUUCACACAGCAAACACUCAUCUGGAGCAUGGAGCGAGACUAUAGCACCUCUACCAUCUUUCGGAGAGACGAUUCUGGUGACCAUGUUUUGUUGUCUCAGUUCCGAGACCGGGUCAGUGUCCCAAAGCACAGCCCAGGGGACGCCUCACUCCUAAUCGAGAACCUUGAAAUCCCUGACAGCGGACACUACACCUGUCAAGUCACAUGGAGGUCUGAAAAUAACAACUUGAUAACAAAGGAGGUGACCACAACGGUUAAAGUUGUCAAAGUUGCAGCGACCAAGCCCGUCAUCAGGGCCGGCGAGCUGGGGCUGACGGUCCCGGCAGGAGCCAGGACCAGCCUGACCUGUGUGGCCAGCGGGUCCCCCCCCAUCAGCUACCGCUGGUUCAGGGGCACCCCAGGAGAGCAAGCCCUGCUCCUGAGCAGCCAGGCCGAGCUGGUGUGGGACAGCCUGCAGCCCUCUGACACCGGAAAGUACUUCUGUGAGGCAGAAAACAGGGUUGGGGCUGGGGCUGUGCAGCAGAGCGACGCCGUUGAGCUGACGGUGAGAGAGUCCCCAGUCACACAGCAGCCCAGCCCUGGGGCCGGCAGGCACAACAGACCCCUGCUCACCCCCCGAGGCGGUGCGCCCCAGCACGUGCCCACAGAUCUGCCUGCAGCAACGCUGGUCUCCAGCAGGGAUGACGUUUCAGAGGGGCCUCCCAUUGCCACAGGUGAGUGGAGUUCCGUGCUGGAAAAUGCAAGAUUUGCACUGGCAAGGGCAGGUCCCCGGCGGGCCGUGCCGCCCCCGCUCCUCCACGGGCUGGCGGCCGCGCUGGGCGCCGCCGCGCUCGGGGCGCUCCUGGCCGCGCUGCUGCGCCGGCGGCGGAACAACGAGGAACCUCUCUAUGAAGUUGCUUUCCAUAGCACUGCAGAUGUCAUGAGAUUGGAGACUGAUGUGGAAGUCCCUGUUAAGUGCCUACACAUGGAAGCAAAUUCUAAGACUGAAACAUCCAAUGACAUUUUCACCAUGACAGACAAUGGCUAUGACAACAUAUGCAUAAGGAAAAAUCCUGAGUAUGAGAACCUUCUGAAUGCAAUGGAAUCAGAAUAUGAAAUAGAAAAAAAAUAG